AUGGACAAGUUCAAAGGUUUCCCCUUUGCAUUGUUGGGUAUCUUCAUUCUUAUACUGCUGGCUCGUGCCCAGGAUCAAUCAGGCUUUAUAAGCAUAGACUGUGGGCUAGCAGAAGAUUCCAGCUAUUAUGAUGAGGAAACUCACAUAUAUUAUACUUCAGAUGCAACCUUCAUAGACACUGGUGUCAGUAAGAAUAUCGCACCUGAAUUCAAGACCAGCAACUUUCUAAAGCAGUUUGUGAAUGUCAGAAGCUUCCCUGAAGGAAUAAAGAACUGUUACACCCUAAGACCUGCAAGAGGAAAAGGUAAUAAAUAUUUGAUCAGAGCAGAGUUCUUGUAUGGGAAUUAUGAUGACAAAGAUCAACUACCAGAAUUUGACCUGCACCUUGGAGUUAAUACAUGGGAUACAGUGGUAUUGGAUGAUGCAUCCAGUAUUAGAAGCAAGGAGAUCAUACAUGAGCUUUCAUCAGAUUAUAUAUAUGUCUGUCUCGUAAAUACAGGCUUCGGAACACCAUUUAUAUCAGUACUAGAACUAAGGCUUCUGAAUAAUACCAUUUACACAACUGCAUCCGGAUCUUUGGUUCCCUACUGGAGGCCAGAUUUUGGUUCACCCAAGGGAUUUAUCAGGUUUGAUGAUGAUGCUUUCGACCGCUUCUGGUUCCCUUACAAUUCGAGUAAAUGGGCAGUGUUAAGUACCUCACUUACCAUUGAUGCUAAUUCUCGCAAUAGAUAUCAACCACCGUCCAUUGUCAUGAGGACUGCAGCCACACCAUUGAAUGCAGGUGAACAUUUGGAGUUCUCCUGGGAGCCCAGUGAUCCCACCACCCAAUUCUAUGUCUACAUGCACUUUGCUGAAGUUGAGGAGCUCAAAGUGAACCAGUCCAGAGAAUUUAACAUCUUUCUGAAUGGAACCCUUUGGUAUGGACUUGUCAUUCCUCGUUACUUAUACACAACCACAAUACGCGACCUAGUUCCUGAGAGUGCAGCAAAGUUUCAGUUUUCAAUCUCCCAAACGAGUAAUUCAACACAUCCUCCCAUCAUCAACGCUCUCGAGGCUUACAGAGUAAAAAGGCUCCUGCAACCACAGACAGACCAAAAAGAUGUUGAUGCUAUCAUGAACAUCAAAUCCAUGUAUGGAGUGAAGAAGAACUGGCAGGGAGAUCCUUGUGCCCCUAAAACUUACAUGUGGGACAGUCUUAACUGCAGCUAUGAUGGUCAUGAAGCCCCCAGGAUCAUAUCCUUGAACUUGUCCUCAAGUGGAUUGACUGGGGAAAUAGCUCCUUCUAUAUCAAAUCUAACAUUGGUACAAUAUCUGGAUUUAUCAAACAAUGGCUUAACAGGACCAGUACCUGAUUUUCUUUCUCAACUUCCAUUGUUGAGGGCCCUAAACUUGACAGGAAACAAGCUGACAGGAUCUAUUCCAGUUGAACUCAUUGAAAGAUCAGAGAAUGGAUCACUGCUAUUGAGUGUGAAUGAAAAUCCAAAUCUUUGUUGGUCGGGUUCAUGCAAAAAGAAAAAGAAGUUUGUUGUUCCAGUAGUGGCAUCAGUUGCUGCACUAUUCAUUCUCUUAACUGCACUGGCUAUCUUCUGGAAGCAUAGAAGGGGGCGAAAACAAGUUAGUAAGGAUCAGGAAAUGGUUUCCGAAUCCAACAGAGAUGAAGGGUCUUUGGUGUCAAAAAAACAGCAAUUUACAUAUUCUGAGGUCAUCACUAUCACCAACAACUUUGAGAUGGGGAAAGGUGGAUUUGGAUCAGUUUACCAUGGCCAUCUAGAUGACACUCAAGUUGCUGUGAAGAUGUUCUCUCCAUCAUCAAUUCAAGGAUAUAUGCAGUUUCAGGCAGAGGCAAAACUUCUUAUGAGAGUUCACCACAGAAACAUUACUUCUCUUAUUGGCUAUUGCAAGGAAGGCAACAACAUGGGGCUCAUCUAUGAGUACAUGGCCAAUGGAGACUUACAGAAGCAUCUAUCUGAUAAUGUGAGAAAUACAAAUGUUCUGAGUUGGGAAGAGAGACUAAGAAUAGCAGUGCAGACAGCACAAGGAUUGGAGUAUUUGCACAAUGGUUGUAAGCCACCUAUAAUCCACAGAGACAUAAAGUCUACCAACAUCUUAUUGAAUGAAAAAUUCCAGGCCAAACUAGCUGAUUUUGGGCUGUCCAGAGCUUUUCCAAAUGAAGGCAGCACUCAUGUGUCAACAAUAGUUGCUGGCACCCGUGGCUACCUUGAUCCUGAGUAUUAUGUAUCAAACAGGUUGACGGAGAAGAGUGAUGUUUUUAGCUUCGGAGUUGUUCUCUUGGAGAUUAUCACAAGCCAACCUGCAAUUUCAAAGGACCGUGAGAAGACUCACAUAAUUGAAUGGGUUAGUUGCAUGCUUGCAGAUGGGGAUAUUAAGAAUACUGUUGAUCCAAGGUUACAGGGAGAAUUUGACAUCAAUUCUGCCUGGAAAGCUGUGGUAGUGGCCAUGUGUUGCGUGUCUCCCACUUCAACAGAAAGGCCAGCCAUGCACUAUGUAGUGUUGGAACUAAAGCAGUGUUUGGAAAUGGAGGCAUCUCAGAAGGAGGGUCAUGAGCCUGAAUCAAAAGAUUCAAUUGGAAUAACCACUGAGGAUCAGAGCACUGAAAUUAUCCCCAUAGCUCGGUAGCAAUCUUGCA